AAUAACCAAAGACAAUAUAAUAUAUUAAUUAUCAGAUUCAGAUAUCAGAUUGCAUCUUCCUGCUUCCAGCCUCCAGGCUCUAAGAGUUAAGACGGUGUUGUAGCGGAAAAUACGUUUGAAAAUUGAAAUAGUACAUGUUGUUGUUAUCCACAAUCAAUAAUCACUUAAUUUUUGUAAAUAUGUACUUACAUUGAAUGACUGAGUUGAUGCUUUAACAUAAUAAGAUGUUAACAAGAAUUUUAUAGAAAUUCGUGUGUGCUAUUAGUUUCUUGUUUCGUAAUUGCUUUAUUUCCUCAUUCAUUUAUUAAACCAUUCUGAACUAGUUUUCAAAAUGGUUACUUCUUAUUAUAUUAUGAAACUUAGUAAAACUCAUAAAAACCUAGACUUGUCUGAACACAUAGUGCUUAAAAACAAAAGUGCAUCUGAAAUUAAACACUCUUCCUGUAGAGUGUGCCUUGACGAAGGCUGUGUUUCACUUUUAGAUAUAAAUUGUAAUACUUUAGACACACUUCAACAACUUUGCAAUAUUCAAAUCAACAAAAACGAUGAUUUACCUAAGAAAUUAUGUAAUAUUUGUUACAAAUUCUUAAACAAUACUAUGUUAUUUAUAAAUAAAGCAAAAGAGACAGAAGAAUUUCUAAAAAAAUCCCUUAAUAAAAAGACUAAAAGUAAAGAAGAAAUUCAUAAGAACAAUAGUGAUUUAUCUGAACCUGAAGACUAUAGUUUAUCAAACGAUAUUGAAUCUACUGUAAAAAUGGAGUUGGAAUUUGGAAAAGAUAGUAUUAUUAAAGAGGAAAAGAUUUCUUCAAGUAUGUGUGAUAAAAAAUUAAAAACAAAGCCAACUGUAGCUAAACGAGUUCAAUGUAAAAUAUGUAAGUCAGUUGUCAUGAGGUCAUACUUUAAACAGCACAUGACCAUGCAUGAUCCAAAUCAUUCAAAAUAUGUUUGUGAAAUUUGUGGAAAGUCCUACAGGUUAAUUUGUGCAUUUUAUAAUCAUCGUUUUCAACAUAGCACUGAUUUCUUACAUAAGUGUCAAUUGUGCCCCUAUAAAGCACGAGACAAAGCACUAUUAAGAAACCAUAUGAAAGUUCACAUUGCUGACUAUAAAUAUAUGUGUACUAAAUGCCCAUCAAGAUUUCUCUUUAGAAGUAAUCUUAACCGACACAAUAUGUGGAAACAUAAACAGAAACAGUUUAGCUGUGACACAUGUAAAAGAAUGUUUCAUACUAAAUUAGCAGUUCAGCAACAUCAUGAAGUUGAUCAUUUGGGUAUGAAGAAUCAUUCGUGUAAUUUAUGCGGAAAAGCAUUUGGAUAUAGGAAAGCAAUGAUGAAACAUCAAAGAACAGUGCACAAGAGAGAGAAAAGAGUAUAUUCAAGAAUGCCUACAUAUUUACAAUAUGAAAAUAAAAAUUAACAUUUUUUACAUCAAACUACUUAAUAUUAUUGUUAGUGGAGUAAUGUAAGGCAAUAUCGUAACUGAAGCUAGAAUUUCCGACCGAAGAUAGUUUUAUCCGAGAUAGAAUUAAGCCUAGUUAAAAAUUGAUUCAUAGCUUAAUUAGAUUAUUUAAUCAUCAACUGUAAAAAAACUGACUAUAUUAUUUAAUUUUACAGUUUAUAUCAUAAGCAUGUUAGUAAUAAUGAAACAGUAUUUUUAGGUAUAUAUUUAUUUGAAACAGGUGACUAGACAAUAAGCUAUAUAAAUAGAACACCCAAUAAUGACAUACAAAAAAACAAUAUUAUAAUAUUUGAUUGUAACCCAUUAAAAUAUCUUAUAAUAAGUUUGUCUAUAACAUAUAGUUGUUAAUAUGUAUAUCCUUAACAAUUAAUAAUAAAUAACUACAACACUCAAUAAAUAUUGAUUACAAAUCUUUGGUAUCUAGUUUUAAAUAUACAAUUUUCAUUUAAUAAUGGAAGGUAAUAUGAGUGUAUAUAAAGGCCACAAGGUUUAUCACUUCAGUACAAAUUAUUUCUUGUAAAAAUAUGUUUUUAUUAAAUCAGCUACUAUAAUCUAUUUGACUAGAGAGUUGCAUUAUGAUAGAUCAAUAUCAACAGCAUAUUUCCAUUAAGUAAACAUCACACUUUUAGUUAUAAGGGCACAAUCUCAUCUCAAUAAUUUAAGUACACUUAGGGAAAUGGGUCCUACAUGGAAGACACACUUUAAAAUACUCUAUAACCUAUUUUGUAUCAAACAGU